UACCUAUUCAAUAACUUCGCCCAAUUUCACCACUCCCUACCGUAUCUAGACACACCUUCCCCAGAAUACAAUGCAAAUACACCACCAAUCCUAACCACCCGCCAAUCCCAAUUCCAAUUCCUAUCAUCCCAACUCCACCACCCAAAAGGAAACCACCAGACCCCGGCAAAAUGCGCCUCGCCCACCUCCACCUCCCAAAUAUAACCCCCUUCAGCCGGGUCGCCAACAUCCAACAAACACUCACAAGCCGACUCCUCUCACACAAAAAGCACCUCACGCCGAACCCCCCGGACCCAACCAUAAUAACCUUCAGCCCGAAUCCCGUAUACACGACCGGCCGGCGCGACCUCCCUCCCUCCAACACCAUCAACAAUACCACCACUCUCUCCCUCCCACCCAGCCUCGAACCAAUCCGCCAGAUCCUAACCUCCCCACAACCCAACACCACUUAUGACCCUACCUCUCGGGUAGCAGAAUACCACCCCACCCUGCGCGGCGGACAAACAACCUACCACGGGCCGGGCCAACUAGUCGCAUACACGAUUCUGGAUCUACGACGGUUGGGGCUCACGCCGCGGUGUCAUAUACGGUUGUUGGAGAAUAGUGUGAUUGAUGUGUUGAGGGAGUAUGGGGUGAGGGGGAUGGUGACGGAGGAUCCGGGGGUUUGGGUGCAUGGACGGAAACAACAGGGAGGGUCUGAGGGAGGGAAAGGUGAACUGCCGAAGAAGAUUACGGCGGUGGGGGUGCAUCUUAGGAGACAUAUUAGUAGUUAUGGGAUUGGGUUGAAUGUGACGGAGGAGCCGAUGUGGUGGUUUCGGCAGAUUGUGGCGUGUGGGUUGGAGGGGAGGGAGACGACGAGUUUACAAGGGCUUGGAGUGGAGGGGGUGACGGUUGAGGAGGUGGCUGGGAGGUUUGUGGGGAAGUUUGUUGGGAGGGUGAAUGGGGAUUUUGCUUGUGGGGAGGGGGCGACGGGGGAGGGGAUUGAGGAGGUGUAUAGGGUGAGUGAGGAGGAUUUGUUGAGGGAGGGAACGGAGUGAGCGUGGUUAUGGUCUUUGUGUGCAUGCUGGGGGAAAGGGUGCGGUUGAGAGAAGGAGUUGGAAGGAGUCUAUUGAGUACGCGAGAUACGGCGUGUUCAUUAUCAAUGGUACAUUUGCAUAGUCUAUACCAAUGGUCGCAGUGAUCGACCAGAGCGAGUGAUGGAAUAUAGAUAAGCAGCCAUAGGUGUGUCCCGACUGGCGCGCUUUUCUGGAAGGUAUCCCCAGAGCAAACAUUAGGUAUACAGGAUUACAACAAGGGGUCCAACAAGUAUAUAUAGAGAAGAGAACAGAGCAAGGCAUGACAGGCUGAAAACGCCCAGGAUAUGAUAGCUCGAUGCCAGUGAUGGGAAAACCAGGGCAUUCCCCGGUUGGAAUGGCCACAGCAAAUGAUCCAGCUCAAUGGCUGAAGAGCAAGCAGGUAGAAGGGU